UACAAAAUUAAUAAAAAGUUUUCGUUUAUUCGGACUUUCUUUGAUGGAAUGUAGAAAAGGAUUGGAAAAUCAAGUUUAUGAUGAAUAUAGAGUUGCUUCUACACAUUUUCAUAAUAAUCAUGCAAGAUAUGUUCAAUUUUUGAAGAUUGUGGGGAGUUCUCCAAGUGUGCAUCUUCAACAAGAAAUAAAUUCAAAUUUGGCCAAUAAAUUUAAAGAGAACUCUUCCUGUAUAUUUUCUUAUCUAAAUUGGAAGAAAACAAUAAUGGACUCUUGUGGUAAUUCAAGUAAUGGAAGUAGUUGUAGUGGGGGUAGAAGUAAUAAAAAAUAAAAGUUUUUUUUUCAUUUAUUUUUUGUCCUUUUUUCGUGUUUGUGUUUUAACCAGAAAAAUUUUUUUUAUUUCUCCUCAAAUUUUUUUAAAUUUUUCCCUCUCUCGCCAUAAAUUCAUUUUAUUGAUAAAAAUUGGUCUGAUUUUUUUUAUUUUUUUAAUAAUUAUUUGUUUUAUAAUACAUUCAAUUUUUUUAAAAAUUUUUUCUUUUCGUUUUAAAAAUUUGGGAGCGUGUUUGUGUUACAAUUUUUGCGGACGUCUUUUUUCGCACAUUUUCCGUGUUGGUUUUAUUUUUCCGUGGGUAGU